CUUUCCGAAACUGCAUCCCGACCUCGGGGCAUGUUGCGACGAGCAUACGGCCUGACUCACUUUCCUACAUUGAUUGACUCACUAGCAGAAUCUCACAAGUAUAUACAAGCAGAUUGCAUUCACGCAAGUAUACAUCAUUGACACAUCUCAUAAUGCGUCUUCCCUACGUCCCCGACCCUCCAAACUUCACGUCCGAAGAAGACAAAGCUGUCGAGCAGCGCGUGAGACAACGUCGAGGCGAAAAGGGUCUCAUAGCUCUGGACAGAACAUUACUUCAUGCUCCUCCGGUCGCCGAUGGAUGGAACUCAUUCCUAGGUUCCAUCCGCACCAAAACCAGUCUUCCAACUGCCAUCCGCGAAACAGCCAUAUGCCGCGUCGCCGUCCUAAACAAAGCAUGGUAUGAAUGGGAAUCGCACUCGCCCAUCCUAGAAUCCGCAACAGACGUCACCGAGCACCAAGUCCGCGCCGUCCUCGAGUCUGCUGCCCGAGAACCGCUGGACGAUAUCCUUGGACCUCGACUCUCGGCCGUGCUAGCCUAUACAGACGCCAUGACGCUAGAUGUGCGUGUCCCGGAUGCUGUGUUUGAGAAGCUCAAGGAAGCGGGGUUCAGCGACAAGGAGAUUGUAGAGAUUACGGCGACUAUUGCAGCGUAUAAUUGCGUGUCGAGAUUCCUAGUUGCGCUGGAUGUUGGAGAGAGGAAUGCGCAGACGGGGCCGAAGGAAGGGGGUAAGGAGUAG